AUGCGAUGGUUUUUGGGCAACAAGCAACGGGCAGGCUGUUUCGGCGAUGAACGAAGAAUACUUUUAUGCUGUACUUGAUAUUGUGGUUGUUCACCUCUGCUGAUUUCCCCUGCUACUUGAAAUUCACCAUCCCGUUAAUCUAACGGUUUCCGACUGGGUUUGACCCUAUGGUAAGACAUGGUCAUGUCGUGUGUCGACGUUGGACCCGAAUGUAUGUUCAGAUGCUUGUGCGCGUCCGUCAGGUAA